GGCGGGAGCGACUCCUGGUAACUCUGUCUACUUAGUGUCUCCCGCCCCCCCGCCCUCCGCCCAAACCGGACACAGAAGUGGGCUCCGCUGCAGCCGCAGCCGCGGCCGGGCGAGGUGAUGGCCAAGGUGUCGGUGCUGAACGUGGCGGUGCUGGAGAACCCGAGCCCUUUCCACAGCCCCUUCCGGUUCGAGAUCAGCUUCGAGUGCAAUGAGGCCCUGGCGGACGACCUGGAGUGGAAGAUCAUUUAUGUUGGCUCUGCUGAGAGCGAGGAGUUCGAUCAGAUCUUAGACUCAGUACUGGUUGGCCCUGUCCCAGCAGGAAGACACAUGUUUGUCUUUCAGGCUGAUGCCCCCAACCCCUCCCUCAUCCCUGAGACUGACGCCGUGGGUGUGACUGUUGUCCUCAUCACCUGCACCUACCAUGGACAGGAAUUCAUCCGUGUGGGCUACUACGUCAACAAUGAGUACCUCAACCCAGAGCUGCGGGAGAACCCACCCCUGAAGCCAGACUUCUCUCAGCUCCAGCGGAACAUCUUGGCCUCAAACCCCCGAGUGACCCGUUUCCACAUCAACUGGGACAACAAUGCAGACAGGCUGGAGGCCAUAGAGAACCAGGACCCUGUUCUGAGCUGUGGCCUUCCACUCAACUGCACUCCCGUCAAGGGCCUUGGCCUCCCUGGCUGCAUCCCUGGCCUCCUCCCUGAGAACUCCAUGGACUGCAUCUAACUGUGGGAAGCCAGGCCUGGCUGCACUUAGCCAGGACCACAGCCAAUUUCCUGGCAUACCUGGGGGGGCCACUAGGCCUCCCAGAGAGUCGUGUGGGGUCAUCUCAAGGACUUUGGAGCCAUCCACUGCAUCCAGGCCUGUCAAACUUGGCUCCAAAGAAAGAAUGGGCAUCAGGUCUCUUCCAGUCUCUGCCCAGAAGGAUCAUCUCACCUCUACUGCACAGGCCUAUAAGAAGCAGGUACUUCAUUGUUCAUUCUUACUGACUCAGUGUUUUUUCUUUUCCACACACACUAUAAAUUCCACCUGCAGGCCAUUGUGCCACUGAGCUCCCAUGAGUGCUGUUGACCCAAAGCUCUUCCUGCCUUGAGGCUUUCUUGGUCAAUGCCUGGCAAGGCUGUGGCCCUGUUGGGCUAAGGGAUCUGUCAUUCCUUUCCCUUCUCAAACACCUGAGCACAUCAGCUUCCUGGUGUCACAGGCAAGGAAUCCUGGUUAGGGGCUCAAAUAACAAUUUCUGUCCUCCCAGAAAAAAUUUUUACCCAGCAGCCCCUAGAAAACUCUGUUCCCAAAGGUAUAUCAGCAAGAUGCUGAGGAACAAUGGGUGUCUCUCACUCACAGCCACCUUCCUGUCAUUUCCUAACUAGUCUGGCUUGCCUUGGAGGCUGCCCUGGGAGGAGAUGGCAUAUUAGGGCUUGCUCUGUCUGGCUCGGGGUUGCCAUCAGGACCUUUGCUCCGGCUGCCUUGGUCUUCUCUCUGAGACACAUGCUUUUAUAGGCCAUAGAGUGAUUUCGGGCAAGGGAAAUAUUCAGCACCCUGAAAACCUUCCCUCCCUGCCCUGUGCCUCUAUCCCUCGCUGCUAUGUGGAUGCUGUUGUGAUUACAGUUUGUAUAUUAAAGGGUUUUUAUAUUAAAAGUGUUCAGUUGCUCUAAAAAUAAAAGGCACUUCAUCUAGA